AUGAUUCGCCUUGAGCGGACGAUAGUAGCAGGCUCCCUCGAAAUUCCUCGAAUAAUCAACGGUCUUUGGCAGCUGGCUGGCGGACAUGAUCAAAAGGUGGAUAUUGAAAAUGCCUCUGCCGCCAUGGAUAUUCUAAUCGACAGCGGUCUGGACUGCUUCGACAUGGCCGACCAGUAUGGGGAUUCCGAGCUCGUUGUAGGCCACCACCACAACACCCAUCCCACAAACGGGAAGAUGACAGCGUUCACCAAGUGGUGCCCGGCCGAGGACGGCACCAAAACCCUACAAAGGGCCCAAGAAGCUGUAGACCGCGCUCUCGAGCGGAUGCAGCAGAAACAGAUCGCGCUGCUCCAGUACCAUGCCUGGGAUUACACAGACGACACGUAUAUCCAUAAUCUGACGCACCUCACCCAUCUCCGUGCCGCAGGAAAGAUAGCCCACAUCGGCCUCACCAAUGUGGACGCUGCACACUUGGCCAUGCUGCUCGACACGGGCUUCCCCAUCGCCACAAACCAGGUCUCCUGUUCCGUGCUUGAUCGGCGUGUUGUCCGUGGACGGAUGAGUGCCCUCUGUGUAGAGCGCAAUGUGGGGCUUCUCUGCUACGGGACGCUCCUGGGAGGCUUCUUGAGUGAGAAGUGGCUGGACGCGCCUCAGCCCGCUGACCCGAGCUCGCUGAACUGGUCGCUACGCAAAUAUCUCCGUUUUAUCAAUGCUGCUGGCGGCUGGGGUCCUUUUCAGGCUGUCCUCAGGGCCUUGGACGCCGUGGCAAGGAAGCAUGGGGUGUCUGUGGCAGCAGUUGCGACGAGGUGGGUGCUCGACAUCCCAGGCGUCAGGGCCGUGAUCGUCGGAACAAGGCUCAACGCAGACUCGGGGGCGUAUGCCGAGAAGAUCCUAGGCGUCUUCUCCUUCCAGCUUGACUCGGAGGAUCGAGCUCUCAUCGCAAGGGCUCAGGAAGGGUUGAAGGACAUUCCCGGUGACAGUGGCGACGAGUAUCGACGGCCACCAUUUCUCACCGCUGCGGGCGAUUUAAGCCAUCAUUUGGCCCAGACAGACCAAGCUCGAAGGGUCAGGGAAGCCAUCGAAAAAGGCCAAAGCGUGGAAUAUAUGACAGGAAGUAAAUGGGAGCCCAUUUGUGGGUAUUGCCGCGCCGUGCGUAUAGGACCACGCAUUCACAUCUCGGGAACCACAGCCAACCCACCGCCCAGCAUCUCAUCACUUUCUUGCGUGGGUGGUGCUUCGGCCGCCAGCCAGGCAGUCUGGGUCCUGGACAUAGUCGAGGGGGCACUCAAGGCCCUCGGCUCAUCCAUGAGUGACAUUGUUAGGACGCGAGUAAUCUUGCGAGAUGCUCAAGAUGCCGAUGUAGUGAGUAGGGAGCACGGCUGGAGGAUGAAAUGUGCAGGGAUCUUGCCGGCGAACACGCUGAUACAAGCUGGAUUGUAUGAAGAGCAGAUGCUAGUGGAGAUAGAGACCUGGGCAGAAGUUGGGUCGGCUGAACAUGGCGUGGUGCAAAUAUCCAAAUCUUACUAA